UGCCCUAAAACAGCUACAACCAUGAUGCAGGAUUUAGAUCCCAGCAGAAGACCAGGUGCUGGACCUGAUGGUUAUGCGGUACUCAAGAUCCACCCCUUUUUCAGGGGAGUUGACUGGAAGAAUUUAAGAGGGCAAACCCCUCCAAAACUUGCUCUGGAACCAGGGGUUCCAUCAAGCGAGGGUGAUGAUGUUCACAAUUCAUCAUGGAACCUUUCACACAUUGGGGAUGGUUCAGCAAGACAACCUGAUGGGAGUUCUGGUGCUGCAUCAUCAUCUGAAGGGUCUGGCCAUAUAACUAGGCUUGCUUCAAUUGACUCGUUUGAUUCGAAAUGGCAACAGUUCCUGGAUCCUGGGGAAUCUGUUCUUAUGAUCUCAAUGGUGAAGAAAUUACAGAAAUUAAGUAGCAAGAAGGUGCAGCUUAUCCUCACCAACAAGCCCAAAUUGAUCUAUGUGGACCCUUCAAAACUGAUUGUAAAGGGAAACAUAAUUUGGUCAGACAAUCCUAAUGACCUCAGCGUCCAAGUCACAAGUCCUUCACAUUUCAAGAUUGUCACACCAAAAAAGGUGAUGUCAUUUGACGAUGCUAAACAAAAAGCAUGGCAGUGGAAAAAGGCUAUUGAAGGACUUCAAAACCGGUAAAAUCUGUUUGUGGUAUUUACAAUACAUCUUUGGAUGUUAUGAUUCUGUAGAGCAACAUGGUGAUUCUCGAGCAUUUGACGCCCCGAGAAUUAUUUAUUCAAUGAAGAGAUUCGAGUUGCACAUUCGGUUCUUCCGAGGGGGGUUGGGUUCAUCUCUUGUUCACUGUAAGAAAAAGGACAAAUACGUUAAAUGAAAUAUUCUUUUGCGGAAUCAUUACUGUAUGACAGCAAUUUUGGGACUGUUCCAUUGGGUUUCUUAGCAUUUCAUAUGCAUGUGGUUUGCUUGAAGUGGUGAAUAGACCAGCUCAGGCUUUCAUAAAUUGGCAGCAUGUUAGGGAAUUGGCCCUGCCCAAGUUGAAAGUAGAAAGAGUUCUUGGCCUGACCUUUUGAUUUUUUAAUCAGUUUCUUGAGACUUUGAUAGAUUGAUCUUUCUUGUUCAGUUCUGAUAUGUAAUACUCCAUUGCUGGGAAAACAUGUAACAGCUUACAGCUUAUCCAAAGGAGAUGCCAUGGGUAGUGCAAUUUUCAUACUAUAACCAGAUAUUCUCUGUUGUUUUAGUUC